AUGCCCCGUAGCGAGGACGAGGUUGGGCUUAAAGUCGACAGGUAAAAAAAUGGAAAUAAUAUAAGAAAAAAAUAUAAUUUGAGAAAUUUAGAUGUUUCGCCGACACACUGUUGAAGUUGAGUGGAGGCGUCGCCAUUGGAAUCGUCGCUAGUGUAGCUUUUUUCAAGGUAAUUUCAAAAUGAUAAAAAAAGAUUUUGGAUAAGAAAAUAUAGAAAAAAUACUGCGAGUAUGUUGUUAUCAGGAUUCAUGACUUCUUUAGAAAUUUUAGAAUCCUCGAAAAUGAGAGAAAUCAAAGAGAUUUAUAUGGAAAAAUUGAACGCCUUGAAUUUGAGCUUAUUGGAAAGUACUCGAAAAGUGAAAUUUCGAAAAUUGAGCGUGGAAAAUUCAGAAAUUUCAGUUCGAUUAGGUCUUUUAAGGUUUUACUUUUAGAUUUAGUUAAUAGACUUUCCGCCUAAGGUUAAUAGAUUGUCAGAAGUUUCAAAAAAUUAGGAGUUUGAAGUUUUCUAGCAUAAUAAUUUGUUCAAAAAAAUUUUUUUCUGAAGUAUUUGAAUGCAUAUAAUUUUUUUUGGCACAGAAUAACACAAAAAACACGGCUUCUCCUCUAAGAUUGAUCCAUUUCAAAUACCUCGGCUGAAUGAAAAACUUUGAACGAAAUAUUUAAAACGUUAUUCCCAUUGGAAAGCCGUUCAAUAGACUUUUUUGAAUUUGUAAUAGCUUUUCUAUAGCUCCAAAGACCUUGUGGUUUCAAUACGGAGACCUUAUUCAUGAUACUUCAGUUUCUGAAUUCUUCAAAGGAAACCUUCCUAGUUUUUUUUUAAAUUAACAUUUCCAGCUCUUAAAGUUUACAAAUUUCAAUACAAAAUUUUAUUUUAGCUGUUUCGAAUCCAUUUACGCUACGUAAACCUUCAUGCAUGUCGCUUCGAAUCGCUCUAUUUUGAAGUUUUCAUGCUAAAUUUACAGAGCAGAGCAUGGCCAAUUUGGUUCGGCUCGGGCGUCGGCCUCGGCACAGGAUGGUCCAACUGCCGUCACGAUUUCGUCUCGCCUUAUUUGCUCCACGGCAAAAAAGUUCCCGUUGAACAGGACCCACAGGUUCAAAAUACCAUUGAAAUCACGAAAAAUCCAAAAAUUUCCAGGGAAAAGCCGCCUACAACAUUCUUGUCGAGAAAAAAGCGUGA